AUGGCAGCUGCACUGGGCACGAUUGGGGAAUUCGUUCCGACGGAGGCGCCGUCUUGGCCCUUGUAUUUGGAGCGCCUCAAAUUUUUCUUUCAAGCAAACGACAUCGACGGUAACGAGAAGACGCGAGCAACGCUCUGCAGCGUUUGCGGCCCAGCAACGUAUGCCAUCGUGCGUUCCCUUUGUUCUCCGGACGCGCCGUCGGCGGUGGCCCACGAUGAGAUCGUCAGGCGUCUCUCAAACCACUUCUCGCCGCGACCGUCGGUGACAGUUCAGCGUUUCAAGUUUGGCACGCGUCAGCAGCAGCCCGGUGAGUCAAUUGCCGACUACAUCGCAGAACUGCGAUGUCUCUCGGAACAUUGUGAUUUCGGUGCGUCGCUCGACGACAUGUUCCGCGACCGACUGGUGUGUGGGGUGCGAAGCGAGACUCUUCAGCGUCGGUUGCUGGCGGAGCCGGAGCUUACGUUUGCGACAGCUCGGGAGAAAGCCAUUGCCAUGGAAUCUGCGCAGCGACAGACUGAGCAAAUUCGCGGCAGUGCCACAUCGUCUGAAGUAUGCAGCGUGAGCGGGAAGCGUUUCGACCCAUGUGUUACGAAGGUCUCGGCGCCGGGGACAGCCAAGGAGGGUACCCAGAAGCAGGCGGCAAGAGCAUGCAGGAGGAAGGCUACAGCUCGCGCUUCGGCUGAACCGAACUCUCCGAACGGAAAACGGGCCAAUGGAGGCCGUCACAAGAAUGCUGCGUCGGACGUAUACGACGUGUUCGUACUGUCUGGUGAGGAGCCACCCGUGAGAGUGGACGUGCGCGUCAACGGAAGUCCCCUAGAGAUGGAGGUGGACUCGGGUGCAGUGUGUUCAGUCAUCAACGACCGGACUAUGCGGAAGCUGGGAAUAUCGAAAAGGGCGUUGCGCCCAAGUAGCCUUCACCUCCGAGCUUACAAUAACAAGGAACUACGAGUGUUGGGUGAAUUGACCGUGACGGUGGAAUUUAGGGGGCAGGAACAUCGCCUGCGAUUGGUGGUGGUUAAGGGUGCUAGUAUCGGACUUAUCGGUCGGGACUGGUUCAAGUCCUUGGGAAUAAGUCUGAGUGGCGUUCACAGUGUGUGCGAGCCGAGUAGAACUGGCAGUAAAGGAACAACGGCCUUGCUCAAGAAGUAUUCUUCAGUCUUUGAGCCUGGACUUGGGACAAGUAGAGGGCCUCCUGUACACAUAGAGGUGAAACCGGCAGCUCCGCCGCGAUUUUUGAAGCCACGGCAAGUACCGUUUGCAUUGAGACCGAAGGUCGACGAAGCACUGGACAGGUUGGUGAGCCAAGGCAUUUUCCAGCCUGUACGGCACUCGAAGUGGGCAACACCGGUCGUUCCAGUUGUCAAAAAAGAUGGAUCGAUAAGGAUCUGCGGGGACUACAAGAGCACCGUCAAUCGUGUGGUGCAGUGGGAAACGUAUCCUCUGCCAACACCAGAGCAGCUGUUUGCCAGGCUGGCAGGUUGCUCGAAGUUUUCAAAGCUAGACCUCGGACAAGCGUAUCAACAGAAGACUGUUGAUGAAGAAACAGCUGACUUGUUGACGGUGACAACACACCGGGGACUUUUCCGCGUAACCCGUCUUCAAUUUGGCGUGGCAGUGGCAGUGGCUAUUUUUCAGAGGUACAUGGAAGAACUGUUGCAUGGAAUUGAUGGUGUGCUGGUGUUCUUGGAUGACAUCUUGAUCGGUGGAAGGGAUGAGGCACAGCACUAUGCUCGUUUGCAAGAGGCGCUCAAAAGAAUCCACGAAGACGGUCUGCGACUGAAAUUUGACAAAUGUCAAUUUUGUGUUGAGGAAGUGUGUUACUUGGGAUUUAUCGUGAACUCUGCAGGUGUGCAGCCGACAGAAGACAAGUCCAGUGUGCAGCAGAAACAGGAGCAGGUGAUGCAGCGCCGUAACCAGGCAGUGCGACUGUUUGAAGUGGGGGAUCGAGUGUUUGUGCGCAACUAUCUCUAUGGGCCCAAGUGGUUGCCGGGCAUUGUGGAUUCUGUCACUGGACCAGUGUCGUACUUGGUCGUCACCAAGGAUGGAAAUCGGUGGAGACGGCAUGUUGACCAACUCAGAAGUCGUUCUGCCAGUUACGCAUUGGACACUGUAAUGUGCGAGGAGGAGGAAUCGUUGGUUGCUUUCCCGGCAGGGUGUUCCGAAAGCGGCAUUCCUUCAAGCCCAGAGGACCCUGGAAGACGGAACCCAAGAGAAGUACGAGAGGAGGCUGCAACACCCAGUACCAAACCUGUUUCCUGUGGUGAGGACAGUGAAGUCAGCGCAUCCCGGGACCAGGGAGAAAUACGAGAAGAGGCUGCAACACCCAGUGCCGAACCUGUUUCCUGUGGUGAGGACAGUGAAGUGAGCGCACCCCUUCAAGUCCAGCGACCACAGCGCCAACGCAACCGUCCUGCGUAUCGGAAGGACUACGUGACGUAG